AUGUUGGUAUCUGUUUGUUACUCAAAUAUACACAGCAUCAAACUGACCAAAGAGGAUUUAGUUGAACUGGUCAAAAUGAAGGAGCUCCAACACGACAACUUGCUCCCUUUCUUAGGCGCCUGCUCAGACGAUGACAAAAUUUGUUACAUCGUUAAAUAUUGCAGUAGAGGUUCUUUACAGGAUGUUCUGAAUGAUGGCGACAAGAAACUGGACUGGUCUUUCAAACUGUCGUUCGUGAUGGAUAUUGUGAAGGGCAUGUCCUACUUGCACAAGUCGUUUUUCCAGUUUCACGGAAAGUUGAACAGCAACAACUGCCUGGUGGACAACAGAUGGGUAAUCAAAAUAACUGGAUUUGGCUUGCGUGCCUUUAGAACGCCCACCACAGCAGAUGAAACGCAUGAGGAAUUCUAUAAAGAACUUUUAUGGACAGCCCCUGAAAUUUUGAGAUCGAGCAUCAAACAUUUGGGAAGUCAGAAAGGGGAUGUGUACAGUUUUGGUAUUAUCUGUCAUGAAAUUGUCUUUAGGUUGUAUCCGUACCAAGAAACUGGUCUGUCCGUUAAAGAAAUAGUGGAAAAAAUAAUGUUCAGCGUCGAUGUUUCUUUUCGACCUUCAAUGAUUUCCAACGAGUCGAAGAGUGUCAUCCCAUCAAUGUUGGAGUUGAUUCAGAAGUGCUGGCAUGAGAUCCCAGCAGAGAGACCACCAUUUGAACAUGUCAGCAAACUCCUGCUCAAGUUCACAAACAAAACCAACACAAACAUAGUGGACAGUAUGUUAGAAAAACUGGAGAAAUACGCAAACGAGCUUGAAAUAAUUGUGGAGCAGAGAACUGAAGAGCUGGUUGAUGAAAAGAGGAAAACUGAUUUGUUGCUACACAGCAUGCUACCCCCGUUUAUAGCUGAAGAACUAAAAGCUGGUCGAAAAGUUGAACCAAAAAUGUACCAAAACGCCACGGUGUAUUUCUCAGACAUUGUUGGGUUCACGACGUUGUCAUCUCAAAGCACUCCCAUGCAGAUUGUGGAUCUGCUUAAUGAUCUCUAUGGAGCAUUUGAUGAUACCAUCUCCAGGCAUAAUGUUUACAAGGUUGAGACGAUAGGAGAUGCGUACAUGGUUGUGAGUGGUCUGCCUCAGGUAACAGAGCGCCAUGUCGUGGAAAUAUGCAACAUGGCAUUGGAUCUGCUGGGCAUCGUCAAGACCUUCAAGAUCAGACAUCGGCCUGAGAUGACACUCAUGUUGAGGAUUGGCAUUCAUUCGGGACCUUGUGCUGCUGGAGUGGUCGGUCACACGAUGCCUCGCUACUGCUUGUUUGGUGAUACGGUCAACACCGCAUCCAGGAUGGAAUCAACUGGUGAAGCCCUCAAAAUCCACUUGAGCACACCAGCCAGAGAUCAACUCCUCCAGUUUCCUGGCUACGUCAUCGAGUUGAGAGGUCGCACUGAGUUGAAGGGCAAGGGAACGAUGGUAACGUACUGGUUGCUUAUGAAGGAGCUGAACGAACCUAACAUUCAUUAA